UCCGGCAUUGCGUUCCCGACACGCUCUGACGUUCCUUCUGCGCUCACGUGUUUUCUGUGUAUAAAAGGCUUCUUGUCUCGGUACACCAUGUCCACAGGGUCACCCGACAAGCGGCGAAAGAUGGAGUCUGCGCUGAGCCAGCUCAAGAAACACACAGUGGUGGUGGCGGACACGGGAGACUUCAACGCCAUUGAUGAGUACAAGCCUCAAGAUGCCACUACAAACCCUUCACUCAUUUUGGCUGCUGCCAAGAUGCCGGCUUAUCAGCACCUUGUGGACCAAGCUAUAAAAUAUGGCAUUGCUAAUGGAGGGUCCGAUGAGGAGCAGGUCUCAAACACUAUGGACAAGCUGUUUGUUAGUUUUGGACUGGAGAUCCUUAAGAAGGUCCCAGGCCGAGUGUCUACGGAGGUAGAUGCCAGAUUGUCGUUUGAUAAAGAUGAAAUGGUUUUUAAAGCCCUGAAGCUCAUUGCUCUCUAUGAAGAAGCUGGCAUCAGCAAGGAGCGAGUGCUCAUCAAGCUGUCUUCCACAUGGGAGGGAAUCCAAGCAGGAAAGGAGCUUGAGGAGAAACAUGGCGUUCACUGCAACAUGACCCUGCUCUUCUCUUUCGCUCAGGCUGUAGCCUGUGCUGAGGCCAAGGUCACGCUAAUUUCACCCUUUGUUGGACGCAUCCUUGACUGGCACAAGGAAAACACAGAUCGCAAAAGUUUCGAACCACAUGAAGACCCUGGUGUGCUCAGUGUGACCAAGAUUUACAACUACUACAAGAAGUUUGGUUACAGCACUGUGGUGAUGGGCGCCUCCUUCAGGAACACUGGAGAGGUAAAAGCCCUUGCAGGAUGCGACCUCCUCACCAUUUCCCCCGGACUGUUGGCUGACCUCAGCCAGGACCACAGUGCUGUCACUCCAAUGCUCAAUGUGGAGAAAGCGAAAUCCUGUAACCUGGAAAAGAUCCACCUGGAUGAGAAGUCCUUCCGCUGGGAACACAAUGAGGACCGCAUGGCUGUAGAGAAACUCUCAGACGGAAUCCGCAAGUUUGCUGCUGAUGCUAUCAAGUUGGAGACUAUGAUUAAAGAGCAAAUGACAAGUGCAAAGAAUGGCCAGUGAGAAAAGAUUCCGCUGCUUCUUCUUUCCUCCUGUGACCAAAUCUGGACUUCCUUUCAUUCCACUUGAGCAGAAACAGUUUUUGCCUAAACACUUCUAUCAAUCAUGAUCUUGCUUUCAAAUGUUUUAACUAGAAACUCUGUCUUUGUUACCAUCUUUGUGUGACCAGCUAAAGAACCACCAUUUUUAAACU